AUGAAAAAAUCAAAAAAUCAGUUCAGCUAUGAUGAUGAUGUACAGCAAUUUGCCAUGUUAGUUUACAUAUUUGGUGGUAGGAAUUGUUAUGAAUUUCUACGCUUGAAUUUAUGUUGUGCAUUGCCUCAUAUUUCCAACUUACAGAAACUGAUCCGAAAUCAUGAAGUGAAAAUGACCGAAUGUGAAUUUCGCUUUGAAUUACUGAAGCAAUAUUUACCAUCAAACAAUAUUCAAUAUGUAUUUUGUUCUGAAGAUUCAACCAGUUCUAUUUGUCGGAUCGAUUAUGAUGUUCAUAGUAAUUCUUUUAUAGGUCUUUCCUCUCCACUGAUUGACGGAUUGCCACAACCGAAUUUUUUUCAAACAGAUGAUUUUGAAGAAUUGAAAAUGUGGUUCAAUGAAUUUGAUCGAUCGAAAUUUAUUCAUGUUCAUAUGGUACAAUCUAUAGCACCGAAUACCUCUCCAAUGAUAUUAUCUGCUUAUGGUUCAAAUAAUAGAGCCACAUCUAUUGAUGUAUUUAGAAGAUGGUUAUAUAUUUAUGAACAAUGUUUGAGUCAAGGUACACGUGUGAUUGGUUUUAGCACGGAUGGUGACAGUCGUUAUUUGAAAGCAAUGCGUUUAUGUCUACGUUUUUUUGCUACAUUGAACAAUUUUGAUUUAUCAAAAUACAACGACAUAUUUGAAAUUACAUUGCCCGACUCAUGGUCAUGGUUUUUUAUGAAAAACCAGCAAAUUCUUCUUUUCAUGCAAGAUCCUAUACACGUGGCCACUAAAUUUAGAAAUCGACUUCUAUCGAAAGUUGCUUCAUUGAAAUUGGGAUCUUAUUCGAUAAAUAUUCAACAUUUAUUUGAUUUAAUUAACUUGAAGAAUAAACUAGAUCAUAAUUUAUUAAGAUCAGAUAUCAAUCCAAAAGAUCGACAAAAUUUUGCAUCAUGUGUGAAGAUUUCUUCUGAUAUUGUAUUAAAAUUGUUACAUGAUAUUGAUGAAUACAGGGGUACAUAUGUAUAUUUGUCAUUGUUGCGUUUGAUCAUAUCAUCAUUGAUCGAAAAAUCUACACCAAUUGAAAAACGAUUAUAUCAAAUAUGGACGGUGGUAUUCACAUGCAGACUAUGGAGAGCAUGGAUAAAGUAUUUGAAAUCGCCGAAUGAGAAUACUUCCGAUAGUUCAUUGUCUUCAAAGCAAUCAAAAAGGAAUUCUUUUAUAACAAGUCAAACAUAUUGGUGCAUUGAAAUCAACGCACAUACUUUACUCUAUAUGAUUUUAUUGAUAAUUAACAAUAAACUACCGAUUGAUGCUAUCAAUACGUAUAUGUUUAAUUCACAAACAUGUGAAAAUACUUUUCGAAUUGCUCGUUCAUUGUCAGGUGCUUACUCAUCGAUUAUCAAUUUUAGCGUCAAAUCGUUUUUGAAGAAAAGUGAAAAAAUCUCUAUUGUUAAUUCAAUAAAAGGUGGUGGCAUUCAUGCCGGUGCUUAUCAGUUCCGAUUUCCUCAGCAUCACAAAUCUCACAAAGAGACGUAUAACUAUACAAUUGAUCCAAUUAAAAACCUAACUCUAACGGAGUCUGAUGUUGAACAAAUAAUUGAAAGGGCAUUCGAAUCAGCCAAAGAAUUCAUAUCAUUUGUGAAAAUGAAUGAUUUUUUGAAAGAAACGAAAUUUGAUUCACUCUCUGGACUAAGUCACUUUACUAAAAUGGAUUUAGAUAGAUCAUCAAGAAUAACCGAUUAUUUAAGAAACGACGACGAAGAUUAUGAUAUUGAUAGCGAUGACGAAAACGACGACGACGAGAACGAUGAUGACGGCAAUGAUGGAGUUGAAGAUCGUCGACAGAAUUCUGACGGCAGCGACGACGAUAACGAUGAAGAUGACGGCAACGUUGUUUCAAAUGACCUUGGUGACGUGGAAAAAAGAACUUUCGACGGAUGUAGAAUUUACGACAAGAUUAACCCACAGAAUAUAAAUAAGUAUUUUCGUGUGCGUAUUGGAAAUUCAUUCAAGUACAUUCACAAACAGACGAGUUGUUGGCUCUUGAGUAAUGAGAAAAAUCAUUUAUCGAGUGAUCGAACAAUACGUGUACGUAGUUAA